AUGCAGAGGGAGGUCUUGUUAUAUGCCAACUGUCUGGUUUUUGCCUCUGCCCCAUCCUGCUCACUGUCUUGCAUGAACCUCAGUCACAGCAGCUCAGUUUUCAUGUUCCUUGAAAAUGAAGCAGUUAUUGCUGUUAUUAUUAUUGCUCAUAUAUCUGCCAAGACCACCCAGUUUCCAAAGUACCCUUUCACUAAGAAGCCUUUUCAAGAGAUCCAUCAGACCACAACCACAUUCUCGAGCACAGUUACCGAUGAAACAACUGAUAGCAUUGAAACGUCUUCCUCAGUUCUAACGGACAGAACCACUUUUCCAAAUGAAAUCCUGCAUGCUUUUAGGACAAUGACCACCCCAUCUGCAAACGGCGAGCAUGAAAACUUUACUUUGGACUAUAAUGAGUGCUUCUUUAAUUUCUGCGAAUGCUGUCCACCAGAGCAAGGUCCAAAAGGGCAGAAGGGUGACCGAGGACUUCCAGGUGCCAGAGGAGAAAAGGGAGAGCCGGGAAUAAGAGGUUUGCCAGGACCAGCAGGAAUUACUGGGUUAAAGGGGCAUCAAGGAGACAAAGGUGACAAAGGUGAUAAAGGAGAUGAUGGAAUCAUUGGGGUUCCAGGCCUACCAGGCAAACAUGGCGAAAAAGGUGAAAAUGGAUCCAAAGGAGACAAAGGAAAUAUUGGUUUUCCAGGGUUCAAAGGUGAAAAAGGAGAGAAAGGAGAAAUAUGUGAAAAUGGCACAAAAGGAGACAAGGGUGAAGAGGGCCCGGCAGGCAUAAUGGGGCUUAGUGGGGAAAAGGGUGAAAAGGGGGAGAAAGGAGAGGAUGGAGAGAAGGGUGAGUGUGGCAUUUCGGGUGACAAAGGGGAUCGUGGAGAUCAAGGUGAUGAUGGGAUGAAAGGUGAAAAAGGAGACAAGGGGGAUCCAGGGAUGGAUGGGGCCAAUGGUGCAAAUGGGCUUGAUGGAGAAGCUGGAGACCCUGGGCCAAAAGGUGAUAAAGGAGACCCAGGGAUGGCUGGGUUACCAGGUCCCCCGGGAGCUAGAGGGAACAAUGGACCAAAGGGAGAUAGAGGGCCUCCUGGAAUGAAAGGUGAUCGAGGGCCUAGAGGUUUUAAAGGUGCCAGGGGGGAGAAUGUGGUGAUCAAACGCUCUAGUUUUAGUGUCGGCCUCUCUCCCAGCAAGUCCUUCCCUCCACCUGGUUUCCCUGUGAAGUUUGAUAAGAUCUUCUACAAUGGGGAGAAUGAUUAUGAUGUAAACAAUGGUAAAUUUAAUUGCAGCAUUCCUGGGGUGUACCUUUUUACCUACCAUGUGACUGUAAGAAACCGUCCCUUGAGAGUGGCUCUUGUGGUCAGUGGUAUAAGAAAGCUGCGAACCAGGGAUUCAUUGUACGGUCAAGAUAUUGACCAGGCGUCAAAUUUGAUUCUGGUGAAACUAAUCUCAGGGGAUCAAGUGUGGCUGGAAACAUUACGUGACUGGAAUGGCAUAUAUGCCAGCAGUGAAGAUGACAGUACUUUUUCGGGAUUUUUAUUGUAUCCAGAUUAA